CCGCGCCGCGGGAGAAGGAGAAAAGCGCGGAGUAUCUCAUCCGUUAAACCUGGAAUGAUGAAAGCAAAUGUGCCCUCAGUUUUUAAACCGCGCGCUCUCUGCGCGAGUGUAAAAAUCGUAAAAAUAGAACGCGACGCGGUCGCCAUGACGACAGGGGAAGGCGCGCGGCUGGGUGCGGCGCGGGCGCAACGUUGGCGCGCUGCACGUGUGCGGGCGUGGCGUGGCGUGGCGGGGGCGCAUGGUGCGGGACGGGGAGGAGGCGGAGGAGGGCGACGACGACGGCGGCGACGACGAAGAGGCGAGGGGGCUACUGAAAUGACCAUCUACACCUGACGGGCGUCACGAGAUGAAGCAGCACGACGGUGCGGCCGCGGCGGAGGGGGCGCCGCUCGACACGGGGCAGGGCCGGCAGGGCGCGGCGCCCGGGCCGGGGGAGCAGCGGGAUCAGAAACCAGCACUUCAGGACUCGGGGGAGCAGGAACUACUCAGGCCGUCCUCCGGCGGCGGCGGCGGCGUGCUCCAGGAUCUCGUCCUCACCAUGGCCGCAGAGCGCACCGGAAAGGAGUCCCCCGGAGGUGUCUGCAGCAGCUCCAUGCUCUUGUCGCUGCUGCUCGCACACCUGCUACAGGCGGGCUUCAGGCCGCAGCUGCAGACAGCUGCACAGGUGGACCAGGAGGCGGAGCCGGCGCCCUCGGGGCCCCAGGACCCCCUGGAGGAGGCCGCCACCAGCUGCCCCAGGACGCCGACGCCGCAGUCCGCGCCGCCCCACCAGAGACCGCGGCCAGACACGGGGCCUCGUCCCACGCGCCUCAUGCGGGCGUUCCGGCCCAUGCCGUACCUCAGGUCCCUGCAGCUCGACCACCAGCAGGGGCGGCGCCGAUGUCGCGUGGCUCCGCAUCAGACGCCGCGGAAGUUCCUGGGCCGCCGCGCGCCGCACCCCGCCAUCGUGUCGGCCAGAGCUGCCCAGGUGGCGAGGGUACGGGCGGCGGCCAGGGUCGUGGUGGACGGCGUCGCGGACGGGGCGCGCGCCAUCCAGGGCAUGCUCUCCGCGCUGCUGCCCGACGAGUGGCCGAACACCCUCGCCAAGGACAAGAAGUUCUCCGUCACGCUCAGCCUGCCCCCCUUCACCGACUGCACAUUCCGCCUGGUGGCCGCCCUCUGGGCCGACGUCAUGCUCGUCAACCUGAGCGUCCUCUGGGAGUCGGGCGGCGCCGACGCGCCCACCACCACCUACAGCCUCGCCCUGCCGGUCGGGGAGUACGUCGUGGAGGACGUCGCCCGCGCGCGGCCGCAGCUGCAAAACAUCUCGCGGCUGGCGGAGAGCGUCAAGACCGUGCUGUCCAGGCCGGCCAUGUGCGCCGCCCGCACGGCGCACGCCGUGGUCAACCCCAGCCUGCUCGGACUGCCGCUGCGCGCGGCCCGGAGGGUGCUGGCGUGCCUGCCCGUCGCGGACCUGUGCCGCUUGGCGGCCUGCUGUCGCGCGCUGCACGCGCUGACCACCGACCCCGUCCUGUGGCGCUACACCCUCACGCGGGACUUCGGCCCGCUCGCGCUCACCCAGGGCGCGCUCACGGUCGGCGAGGGCGUCCCGCAGGCCGGCCAGGACGCCGUCGACUGGCGCGCCGAGUACAAGCGCCUGUACCGGCAGCGCAGCGCUCUCCAGAUUCGCAGGCCCAGCUCGGACUGCCGCUACUGCCUGCCGGGCCUGCCGCUGCGGCCGCCGCCCUUGCACGACAGCGUGCACUCGUUCCACCGGCAGCAGCUACAGCAGCUGCAGCUGCAGAGCACCAGCUCCCUGGGGCUCAUCAGGGAGGACAACGGCGUCUCGCCCGAGGACGGCGCCAGCUCGCCGCCGCCGGAAGUCCAGCCUCCUCUUCGCGUCCAGGGGCAGCAGCCGCUCAGCCUGCAGAGCUUCUACUCGUCUUCCGCGGCCGCGGCGGCCGCCCCACCGAGGAGGACGCGCAGCUCAAAGUCCACGACGAGCAGGGCCAGCUCCGUCGCAAGCCAUCACCGAGCGUUGCGGCGCGCGCAGCCGGCCCCGGCCACCGAGGAGGUGGUGAAGGUGGGCUCCAAGGUGUACAAGGCCCUGGUGGGCGCCGUGACCAAGAGCUCAGCUGUGACCACCACUGCUCCAUCACAGGUGCAACGCAAGACCUGCGUCGACCGCCGCAAGCACGGCUUCUACGACUCUGACGACAAGUUUCACAGCGCCGAGUUCGACAACCCCAGCAUCGCCAGCUCGCGCGCCUCCAGCUCCCGGAGCAGGUCCUUCUGCAAGGUCAGCAGCGGUUCGCGCCGAGGGUCCUUCAGCCUCAGCGGCUCGUUCAUGAAGAAGUCGGCGACCCGGAAGCAGCAGCCGCCGCCCCCCGCGGCCCAAACCGCCCUCCCGGAGGCCGCUCCGAGCAGCUCGCCGACAAAGAGGGCAGAGUCGCAGCCGACGAAGACCCCCGCCGAGUCGAAGGACCCCGAGUCGCGGCCGAGAUCUCGGACGCGCCGCGGUCUGGGUGCCGCAGCGUGUUCACCGCCGAACCUUUCCCUGAGCGAGCACCGACCCUACGCCCCGGCCGACGACCCGAACUACGAGAGGCUGCUCACCACCACCAGCUCCCCCAUCAAGACCCAGGCCACCGCCGAGGACCCCUCAGCCCCGCCAGCACGCCCCCGCGCCGCCCCCAGCAAGGCGGCCCCGCGCCCCGCCUCGCACCGCCGCCAGUCGUCGGCCAGCGCGCUGCACAGGUCCGCCCCCCGCGCCGCCACCAAGGCCGGCAGGCCGGCGGACUGCAGCGCGGAGACGUGACGGACAAAACAACAAAAAACGACAAAAAUAGU